CGAGGACGAACCACUCGUCGAAGAUAAUGGCGAGAGGUCGGAUCGGCUGGCUAAUAUAGAACAGAAACGGUAUGCUUGGCUGCCUCCCGUCGGUCCGCGACUACCUCGUCGGCCACUGGUGCGUGGCCAAAGACAUGGAAGCGGACGUCGUCGACUCGCUCACGACGACGCCGUCGACACCGCGGCUGCCAAUGCAUCUGGACCUGGCGUCCGACGACCUCCUUACGCAUCGGCUCAAGAGUCCGGGGCAUCGGCGCAGCGUUUCGCUCGGGUCGGCGCCGUACUCGCCGCGGCGCCCGAGCUUCACGGCGCAGGUGCAGAGCCUCCCGGUGCGGUCGCCGCGGCCGCCGUAUGCGACGCAGGAGGCGAUGCUCAUGCGCAACGUGCACAUCAAAUUUGUCAAAGCGCGCGGCCUCGAGGACCAUAAGACGCGGUACGUGCUCUACUGCACCAACCUCGUCUCGGGCCGGCGCUGGGAAGUGACCAAGUCAUUCCGCGACUUUUACGCGCUCAAGGUGUCGAUUCUGCGCAAUUUGCUCUACGGCCACAAGUGCGAAGAGAUUUGCCCGUGGCUGUAUGCGUACGUCUCGUCGAACUUCCCGCGCCGCCACCUCUUCCGGUCGCAUUGGCGGAGCGUCGUGCUCGGGCGCAUGACGGAGCUCCAGACCUUCUUCGACUACCUCCAGGUCGUGCUGCGGCACCACGCGACGGUCCAGCCCCACACGUCGUGCCGCAUCAUCACGUACCUCCUUCCAAAGCUGCUCGUCGACUUCUUCUAUGGCACGGCGCAUCCACCGUCCGAGGCCGAGGCGUCGCCGACGUUUCUCGACGAGCGGCCGCGGGCGUCCAUGAAGGCGACGGCCACCGACUGCGCGAUCUGCUGCCUCCCGCUCAGCCAAGCCGAGAGCUGUCCGCUCUCGCCGACGACUGUCCAGCAUACGAUUGACGAGGCUUGCGUUGACGAAGACACGCGGCUGGACGUGCAGCUGCGCCGGCGGCUCUCGCAUACCAACUCGAUCACGACGUUGACCUGCGGCCACCGCUUCCACGACGAGUGCAUCUUGGAGAAGCUCAACCAGCGGCUACAUUGUCCGCAGUGCGGCUUCGUACUGGGCGAUGCUCCGGCGGCGGUCGUGCGCCCGGCCGCGCCCGUGCUCGGCGCCGUUGUGUAGCAAGUUAUCACAAAUUUGAAUCCUGCUUGCGUUUCA